AUGAAUCUUUCAACACCUUUGUCCUUGCUCCUCACUGUUUUAUUGAUUUUUAUUUCUGUUGCAACUUCACAAACAUCUAGCCCCAAACUGUACGAAAAUGUAUGCAAAGAUGCUAAUGAAAAACAACGAUGUUCGAAACUUCUAGAAUCCAACCCUGAAAUUACUUCGGCCAAAGACUAUCUCACCCUUUGUAGGUUAUACUUAAAAAUGGCAAUAGAAAAAUCCACAAAAACCCAAAAUUACCUGAAAAAUUUGAUGAAGAAAUAUCCUUCUUCUAAAGCACUCAAACAGUGUGCAACCAUUGAUUACAAUGAGUUAGUCAGCAGUUUUAAGAGUGCGUUACAAGAAUUAGUUGAAGAUCCAAUGACUGCAAACUAUGAUGCCAAAGUUGCUGGUGAUGGACCCAAUUUAUGUGAAGAUAACUUGUCUCAUGAAAAUAUAGUUCCAUCUCUUUCUACAUUGAAUAAUGAGAUGUCGUUUCUUAGUGUUGUUGCAUUUUUAGCCACAAAUCAUCUUCCACAAUAA